GCAUUUUUUUGACUUGGGUAGAAGAAAAAAAAAAAAAGAAGAAGGAGACAUCGUCGUCGUCUUCUAGCUUUUUGAUUAUGUCCGUAACUCUAUAAUAAUAAUUCUCCGAGAAUUCGAUUGGAUUCAAUUCGAUAGAUGAAGGCUUCUGGAGUUUUAGCGGCUGCGGCGGCGAGGGUUGGACCGGCGUUGAGGAAGCAAGUAUUAACCUUGACGGACGAAGCUGCCUCUAGGGUUCAUCAUCUCUUGCAACAGCGUCAAAAGCCUUUCCUACGAUUAGGCGUGAAGGCUCGUGGCUGCAACGGCUUGUCCUAUACCCUUAAUUACGCUGAUGAGAAAGGGAAGUUUGAUGAGCUAGUGGAGGAGAAAGGUGUGAGGAUACUUGUUGAACCAAAGGCUUUAAUGCAUGUGAUUGGAACCAAGAUGGAUUUUGUAGAUGAUAAACUCAGAUCAGAGUUUGUGUUCAUCAAUCCUAACUCCCAAGGUCAAUGCGGGUGUGGUGAAUCGUUUAUGACAACAUCUACCUCCAGUGGUAAGUAGAGUGGUUGUCGAUACACGGAUAUGCAUUGUUACGACGACACUAUCAUAUAUUAUACUGUUGCUAGAAAUGGAGUGGAUGAGAAACAAAAGGCUUUGCAAUAAGAAUUGAGUUUUAUGUUUAUGUGCAACUUUAGGCAUAGAUUGGUCAUUGCAUUGCAUAUAUAUUGGAAGCUUCCGGGUUGUUGAUUAUAGAUAUUCCUGAAGCUAUGUGUUGAACGGAACGAGUUCUUGUUCUAGUGAUAUCUUGAGAUCAAUUCAUUUAUCAAAUUGUUGGAUUAUGUAAAUUAAUUUAUGGGUACUACUGAGGCCUUAGAGACAAUUCGUUUCUCUUGUAUAUAUAUAUAUGUUACUGAA